AGACAACGAAUUAUUAAUGCGGGGAGCAAGACAACAUAAAACACACGCACGCACACUCAUACGAUACGUCGGAAGGGAACCAUCUCGAUCAGAGCGAAUCUCUCGCAAUCCUCUCUCUCUCUCAUUCCUGUCUCCUCCGCCUGUUUCCUGCUGCCACCGAUGGCCUCCGCUGCUGACUCCACCGCCGACGAGCUCUCCAAGCUCGGCAUCAACGGCGAGUGGACCGCCAAUGCCCCUCCCACCCUCCAGAAGAACCUCCAGCUCCUCUCCCCCGACCAGGUUGAGUUGGCCAAGAUGUUGGUGGAGAUGGGGCAGACCCAUCUGUUUGCUCACUGGGCGGAUCCUGGCACCGAUGACGAUGAAAAGAAAGCAUUUUUCGCUCAGGUGGCUAAGCUUGAUCAAAAUUACCCUGGAGGAUUGGUGUCAUAUAUUAAAAAUGCCCGGGAACUUUUGGCGGACUCGAAAGCUGGAAACAACCCAUUUGACGGCUUCACGCCUUCAGUUCCAACAGGGGAGAUCCUAAAAUUUGGUGAUGACAACUUCCUCAAUUUUGAAGAGGAAGGUGUCAAAGAAGCUAGAAGAGCUGCUUUUGUCCUUGUUGCUGGCGGGCUCGGUGAGCGCCUUGGGUACAAUGGGAUUAAGGUGGCUCUUCCAGCAGAAACUACCACAGGGACAUGUUUCUUACAGCACUAUAUCGAGUCUAUUCUUGCUCUCCAAGAUGCUAGCAACAAAAUAGCAAAAGAUGGAUGUGAGAAAGAGAUCCCCUUUGCUAUAAUGACAUCUGAUGACACACAUACACGGACAGUACAGCUGUUGGAAUCAAAUAACUAUUUUGGUAUGAAGCCAUCACAAGUUACACUUCUCAAGCAGGAAAAAGUUGCUUGCUUAGACGAUAACGAUGCUAGGCUUGCUCUAGAUUCUAAUAACAAGUACAAAAUCCAGACCAAACCUCACGGGCAUGGUGAUGUUCACUCUCUUCUUUACUCAAGUGGCGUCCUAAAUGAGUGGCGUGAUGCUGGGUUGAAAUGGGUGUUGUUUUUCCAAGACACAAAUGGGCUACUAUUUAAGGCAAUUCCAGCAUCUCUGGGUGUCAGUUCCAGCCGUCAAUUCCAUGUUAACUCUCUUGCAGUUCCCCGCAAAGCAAAAGAAGCCAUUGGAGGAAUUACCCGACUUACUCAUGCAGAUGGUAGAUCUAUGGUCAUCAAUGUGGAAUACAAUCAGCUUGAUCCACUGCUUAGAGCAUCUGGAUAUCCUGAUGGAGAUGCCAACUGUGAGACAGGCUAUUCUCCCUUCCCUGGGAAUAUAAAUCAAUUGAUUCUGGAAUUGGGUCCGUAUAUUGAGGAGCUCACAAAAACUGGUGGAGCCAUUAAGGAGUUUGUCAACCCCAAGUACAAAGAUGCUAGCAAAACUUCAUUUAAGUCCUCCACUCGUCUGGAAUGUAUGAUGCAGGACUAUCCAAAAACAUUGCCUCCAACUGCAAGGGUUGGAUUCACGGUUAUGGAUACAUGGCUUGCAUACGCACCAGUGAAGAACAACCCAGAAGAUGCUGCAAAGGUGCCAAAGGGGAACCCAUAUCAUAGUGCCACAUCUGGAGAAAUGGCCAUCUAUCGAGCAAACAGCCGCAUUCUUAGAGAGGCUGGUGCUAAAGUAGAUGAUCCGGCGACCCAAGUUUUUAAUGGGCAAGAGGUGGAAGUGUGGCCUCGAAUAGUCUGGACGCCAAAAUGGGGCUUGACUUUCUCCCAGAUCAAGAAGAAAGUAGGUGGAAGUUGCUCGGUUUCUCAGAGGUCUACAUUGGUCAUCAACGGCCGUGAUAUCUGUGUUGAGGAUCUUAACUUGGAUGGAGCUCUUCUGGUUAAUUCCGUAAAUGAAGCAGAGGUCAAGGUGGAAGGCACGGUGCAGAACAAAGGCUGGGUCCUUGAGAGUGUCGAUUACAAGGAUACUUCGGCGCCGGAGGAAAUCAGGAUCCGCGGUUUCAGAUUCAACAAGGUCGAGCAGCUGGAGAGGACCUACAACAAGCCCGGGAAGUUCAGCCUGAAGCCUUAGAAAUCAAAUUAUCAAAUGCUGAUGAGUUGAUCAAAUCCUCUCUUUUGCCUUUCUUGCUUCUGGAAGCGGUGAACUUCAUUCGAUUUUUUCUGGCCCGACUCUCAUCAAGGAGUGUUCUCCACAAUUUGACGAAGGUAUUGUUUAGAAAAUUAGCAGAUUAUAUUGAUAGGUGAUGAAAAGGGUAAACGAGACGACCCUUGUAAACUUGGUCAAAUUUUUCUGUAAUUUUAUCGACCUUUGCUUCCAUGGAUGAAAUGCAAUAACAAUAAUGACUUUUGGGCCAGAAGUUCAUUUUCGGCU